CAACAUUCACCCCCAAGUCCACUUAUUGAGUUAUCAAGUAAUUGUUUAUUGGUUUCCAUUGCUAGCAAAGACAAUGGCUCAAACUAGGAAGAUUGAUGUCCAAGUUGAGGUCAAGUCCUCAGCUGACAAGUUCUUCGAUGCUUUCAACACCAAAGCUCACCUAAUGCCAAACACGAUUACACAACUUUUUUCCGGCGUAAAACUUCUCCAGGGUGAUUGGAAUUCUCUGGGAUCUGUCCGACUAUGGCAAUAUGUUCUUGGAGGUAAGCAGCUUGAUGUUAAGGAGACUCGAGAGGUGGAUGAAAAAACCAGGACAAUUGUUUACACAUUAAUGGAUGGUGAAAUCGGGAAUCUCUACAAGACAUGGAAAUCCAUCCUUAGUGUCACACCAAAGGGGGAGGGCAGCUUGGUGAAAUGGACCAUUGAAUACGAAAAGCAAAACGACGACGUCCCUGACCCUGUCGAGUACCUCGAUUUUUACACCACCUGGUGUAAAGAUGUUGAUGCUUACCUUCUCAAUGCCUAAAUAAGUAAUUAAGUAAUUAAGAAAUUAUGAAUUAUCAUAAUAAAUAAUCCUUAAUAUUGUAAAAUAAAUUUGCUUUCUCUUACGGAGAAAGCAUUGUCGUGAAGUGUGUGUUUAUUAUUGCCAAGUAUGGAAAAUUAGGGUAUGUAACCUUUGCUUUAUAAUAAAAGAUCCUUAAUAUUAACAACUUGUUCUUCUUCUACA